AUGGCGAGUAAGUCGCUCCAAAACCGCAAUGCGAUCGUGACUGGCGGCUCGAGAGGGAUCGGGGCCGGCAUCGCACUCGAACUGGCCAGACGCGGCGCCAACAUCCUUCUGACGUACAAUGCUUCAAGUACACAAGCCGAGACACACGCCGCACAGCUUAAGCAGGACUUCGGCGUCGAUGCUUUCGCGGUACAAGGCAGAGGCAGCGACCGCGACGCUCCGAAACAAAUAGUCGAGGCGGCCGUAGACCGAUGGGGCCAUAUCGACAUUAUCAUCAAUAAUGCCGGCGCUGGAGAUGACGCACUUGUUCAGGAGCUGACGCACGAGCUCUGGGACAAGAUUCUCGACUGUAACCUGCGCUUCCCGGUCUUCCUCGUCAAGGAGGCAAUGGCUCAUUUCGGUAGCGCUCCACGCAUUGUCAAUGUGUCGAGCGUGCUUGCCAGACAAAGUUGUGCCUACACUGCCGCUUACACAGCCUCCAAGGCGGCACUGGAGGGCGUUACGAAGACUAUGGCAAUUGAGUUGGGCCAGAAGUAUGGUGCUACUGUCAAUUGCGUCAACCCCGGGCCUGUGGCGACGGACAUGUGGCUGCGUGACACGGAUCCUGCUGUGUUGGCCGAGUGGGAUGCCAAGAUAAAGGAGACGCCUGCAGCUCCACGGAUCGCGACUCCUGACGAUAUCGCGCAGAUCGUGGCCUUUUUGUCGGAGGAGGGUAGUCGCUGGUCAACGGGCAGCACGGUCAAUGCAAACGGAGGGCUAUGUUUCGUCUGA